UUGUUUGACAAGGGAGUAAAUGGAAAAAGAAAGAAAAGGGCGUCGACAAAUAAUUAGAAUAUUGGGAGCUGAAAAAUUUGGUUAAUUAGUUGCUAGCCGUAAACCUUUUCAAGUUGUUGACAAUUUAGCUCGUCGCACAUGCUGCAAAAUAAAAAAACAAUGCCGGGAAAAGUAAAAGUAAAAAUCCUUGCUGGGAGGAAUCUCCCUGUAAUGGAUCGAUCCAGUGACACAACGGAUGCAUAUGUUGAAAUAAAACUAGGAAAUAUUACACACAAGACAGAUGUCUUCCGGAAGUCACUCAACCCUCAGUGGAACUCUGAGUGGUUCAUCUUUGAAGUUGAUGAUGCAGAGCUUCAGGACGAGCCCCUCCAAAUAAGAUUGAUGGAUUAUGACACUUAUUCAGCUAAUGAUGCCAUAGGGAAAGUGUAUUUGGAUUUAAAUCCUCUUCUGGUCACUCCAGGCCUGUCUGGAAGAGGAAUUGCUAGAGCAGAAACUUGUUCGGUCCCAUCGUCAGGAGGUUCUGUAUUAUCAGGGUGGCUUCCAGUUUAUGACACUAUGCAUGGAAUGAGAGGAGAAGUGUCUGUUAUAGUAAAAGUUGAAUUAUUUUCUGAUGUAAACAAGUUUCGUCAAAGUUCAUGUGGAGUCCAGUUUUUUAGCACUCCCUCAACACCGUAUGGGUUCAAAAUACAGUCUAUUCAGGGUUUCGUGAAAGAACUUGUUGUCAACGACGAUCCAGAAUAUCAAUGGAUAGACAAAAUCCGCACACCAAGAGCAUCGAAUGAAGCCAGACAAACUCUUUUUUCCCAGCUCUCUGGGGAAGUGCGUCGCAAAAUCGGAUUGAAGGUGCUGGAAUUAGGCGGGAAUGCCGUAGUUGGGUAUCAACAGAUGUUUGACCUUGAAGGAGUUACUGGGCUAGUAGUGCGUGGCAUAGGGACAGCUGUAACCUUGGCUCGGUGCCAUUCUGAUGGUAACUCAGCUGUUACGUGGUUUAAAGACCAGCAUCAUGGAAACGGCCGAGAACACGAGAGCGAUAGGCUCCGUUUGCAUCACAGCGAGCCCGUUCUCCAGCUUGAUGAUUACGAACGCUUGGCUACCCCUCUGCCCCGCUUUUAUAGGCUACAAUCAUUACCGAUGCAUGAAGAUACCAAACAAUUGCCAAAGAAACUUCCUCAACUUCUUGGCUCUAAUUCGUCCGUUAAACUGUUGGACAGUUGUGGUGUUGUGAAGGUGCCCGCAAAGCGCAAGCUCUCUCUUAGUAAUCUUUUCGCCAAAUCCAGUGUCAAAGGAAAAAUAACUAGACCGCAAGCCCCCACGUCAUCAAAUACUCUUCUAGUUCCCGGGGAUGAUGAAACGAGCAAAGGCAGCCCAAAAACUCGGAUUCGUUCGCGUUCAAUGAUUUGCGAAAUGUCUCCUAUACAAGAGAGUUAUGGAGACUCAGUCACCGAAUCGCAAGAAAAUAGUCCUAUAAACAAGAUACUUGGAUCAACCAUUAUCCAGCCGACUGAUAUCAUAAGUUUACCCAUUGAACUUGCGCAUAAUUUGCUAGAUCCAACAGAACGCUUCUUUAGCGUAUUAGAACCCCAAAAAUCAUCAAGCUGUCGUUUUUCAAAUGCCCAAGAUGAGACCUGCUCAAGUGGUUCGGAAAUGUCUCUUAACUCCUUGGCUCUACAAGCAAAAUCAAAAGCUGGGCAAUCGUUUGAACAGUCGUUAUCGUCCCUAUUAAUAGAUGAUAGUGAAGACAUUUCCUCUAACGUAGUGUUGAAUGCAACCACUUACCCGCCUGAAAUGCAACCAAUUUUUCCCUACCAAACUAGAUCUCCCCGCUGUACAGCCAUUUCGCCAGUCGAUGUCAUUAAACCGCUCGUUAGUACCACCGUCACUGUUCCAGCUGUCGUUCAUGGAACAACACCUUCACGGCCAACUCCUUGUGCGCGUCGUUCAUCCGAAUCUGAAAUCAACACAACCCCAAAAGCUUCAAGUUUGUCUGAUAGCUUUGGUUCAUCUGGAGGUGGAAUAUCAUCCAACUGCCGACCGGCGGCUCAUCGCCAGACUUCAGUACCUGCUGCUUCCACUAACACAUAUCUCAAUGGCGUUGAUGUUACAAGGAAUUUGGAUGCUCUCGAAUAUCCUUUUCUUACAAUGAAAACAUAUCCACCGGGAUUCAUCGUUCACGUUGGAGGCACAGUAAGUGCAAGGUCUGUCAAGUUGCUGGAUCGAAUCAACAAUUCAGAGGAACCGGAAACACGAGAUAAUUGGUGGACGGAGAUACGAAUGGAAGUUCGUUCACAUGCACGAGCGCUCGGUUGCUCCGUCAUUCUCGGCUAUGAGGAGCAUACAAGUAUUAGCGAAGAAGUUUGUGUUCUGAGUGCCUCCGGUACGGCUGCCGUCGUCAAACUUCAACAUGAGGUGGAUACCAAAGAUAUAAACCAUGGAAAAAGCAAUUCCGUUAACAUGGAUGAUAGCAAAGUGAAUCUGCCGUGCCGCGUGUGCCAUAUCCCUUAUAGCAAGGCCAGCAUUCCUUUCCCCAUCAAACUCUCUCGCUGUGCUGUAUGCAGGCAAGGUAAAGUUCCUGACGUGUUAAUAGCUACUAUCGAGCCGCCGACAGGAAUGCUCGUGUCGGGCCGCGGAUGUCUAAUACAGGCACGGCUCUGCCGCCCGAAACGUGCCGAAUCUCGAGGCGAUCAGCAAGCGAAAGAAAUUUCAGACGGACUGCCGUUCCUUGAAUACGAAUUGCAUAGACAAUUAAUCAAUAAAUUACGAACCAAAGGCAUGAACGCCAUCUUCCAUCUAAAGGUACAAGUCAGCAUCGGUGAACGACAUGUAGUUGGAGUAGCUACAGGUACGGCGCUCUUUUUAAGCGCAUUACCGACUCCCUCGUUACCUAAGCCAAGCAAUCCUAGCAUAUCUUCGAAACAGACGAAACGAGGACGUAUUCACAAGUUAUUGAUUGAAGCCCACGCGGCCAGCCAAGAACGUUAUGGUCUUAAUAAACAACUGAAUAAAGUAAACGACGUGGAAGAACCCAAGUGGACUGACUCGGAUGAUACCGACGAGGAUGCCAAUGAUCUCGAUCUAACAACUGGCAAUAAAGAUACAUGCGUCAUAGAGAUCGACGACAUAGAAGACAUUGAUGUGAUUGAGCUACUGAUCGAUCCUGAAACACCGGAAGGUUUUGACGUGGUGACUACCGAGUCGGUUCCUGGAUUACCGAUCGAUAGCAUUCGCCGGCGUCUUAAUCUUCAAGCCUUCAACCGUGUUUGGAAGGGAAAGAUCCCCACCAUACACUCUGCACGAUAUCUAAACCGCUGCUUUGAAAUGAUAUUACGGAGCAUUUACUUCAAACUGCGUAAGGCACGUCCGUGUGUGAUCACUAACCUGGAAUUCAGCGUCGAUUUGCCCGAAGAUGAUGAAAUUCAAAUUACUGUGCUAGGUACUGCCAUCACGUCCUUCAACAAAACUAUGAUAGAGGUUGCCCCAUGCAUAGGAACUUCUCUCAAAGGCGUUGGCUCUACUGAAAACGAAAUGAUUUUUCAUCUUGAGGAUGACGUUCAAUUGGCAACGUCAAACGAGCAAGCCGCUUCAAGGGUAAAUCAACCCAACCGUCAUAUUCCGCCUCCGUCCAAUCAGGGCCUGUUAAAAACUCCUGGCGACAAAGCCAAGAUUUUUGUACAGAAGGAGCGGCAGCCUGUGGAUAUCGUUACUCUAAUCCAUUUACCCGGUUCACGAGUCGAACGCUACCUAGGCCAUCUCAAUUUUUUCUUCAUCCGAGAGAGCACUAGCAUUCGCGAGGAUGGCGGCUUGAGCGGUUUCAUGCAAUCGUUUAUUACGGAGGUACUGGGAAUCGUACGUGCUCACGUCUCUGCACUAGGAGGAAAUGCCAUGGUUUCGUACUUUAUGACGCAGUGUGUGCUUCUGCAUAAUCCCCACAAAAAUCAGGGUCAAUGUCUCAUCAAUGUUGGUGGGGAUGUCGUCCAGGCUGCCCGCUGCACUCACGAAAAGGAUGUUUAGAUGGCGUUAUACAAUUGUUUCGGUAGAUUGUAUCCACGGUAAAGAGAUUACUUUGAAUUCUUCCUUAACCGCUUCCAUCCGAGGGAAAGGUGUCAAUUUCAAUUGUUUAAUCUUCAUGCCCUUAACCUCAUUGCUCAUUGAUAGAUUCUCCUGUUCCAUUAUUAGGUUUUAGAAAUAUCCUAGGCGAGGCGUGUAUUAUUCUCAUGUCGCAUGCCAUGUUAUAUUAACUCCCUUUUUGCUCUUUUGCCUUGUUGGCUAAUAGGAUAUAUACUACAGAAUUCUGUAGAUCGUUCAAGUUCGACGUUGCGUUCAAACGUCCUUUAUCUCUUUGAGGUGUACCCCAUUUUUUCCCGGCCCAACACAUGGAAACCAAUCUUGUCUUAAUUUUCGCGAGAUGUCAAAAGUGGAAUCAGUUGUUUCACUGAACCCCACAGCUGAUAACGACAUCGAAUGUGGAAAGCUAAUGGAAGACAAGUGAUUAAUAUCAUCAUUUAUUUUCUGAAGCAUCAACAUUAAUUCUUGGCGGACAUUAAUCCUCUGCCGCGUGUGUUACAAAUCGAAUAAAUAUAUCGACCAAUA